AUGUUCAAGUCUCCGUUCGCCGCCCGGACGAACUCGUCCCGCAGCAGCAGCGAGAACACUGCCAUCUCGGAGCCAUUGCCCUCUAGAAAUACCGACAGCGGCGCAGGUGGGAGGCCGCGGAGUCGAACCGUGGGCCACGAAGCCGCCCAGGUCCAGGCAGCGAUAACUUUGGUGAAGGAGAAGCAGGACAUCUCUGGCGAGGGAUUGGAGGCCAGGACUGUCCUGCCGGACGGCCGAGUCGUCUUGACCGAAGCGGAGGCUUACCCAAAGCUUGGCUUCAGCUUCCCGACGUGGAAGAAGUGGACGAUACUUUCCGUCAUCUUCGCAAUCCAAUGUUCCAUGAAUCUCAACUCGUCGCUGUACGCCAAUGCCGUCGGUCAGCUUGGACAGCACUUUGGUAUCAGUGAACAGGCUGUCCGAGUGGGCCAGAUGGACUUCUUGAUCGCUUAUGCCUUCGGUAACGAGCUGUGGGCGCCGUGGUCCGAAGAGCUCGGACGGUGGCCCAUUAUCCAGCUCAGUCUGUUCCUCGUCAACAUCUGGCAGAUUCCCUGCGCGCUCGCGCCCAACUUCGGCACCAUCGUCGUCUGCCGGCUGCUCGGCGGCCUUUCCUCCGCGGGCGGGUCCGUAACGCUCGGCAUGGUCGCCGACAUGUGGACGCCCGAGGAGCAGCAGUUUGCGGUCGCCUUCAUCGUCUUCUCGUCUGUCGGCGGCUCCGUGCUGGGUCCCAUCUUCGGUGGCAUCAUCGAGACGCACCUCGACUGGCACUGGAACUUCUGGAUCCAGCUCAUUGUCGGUGUCGCCGUGCAGGCGGUGCACUUCUUCCUCGUGCCUGAGACGUGCUCGAAGGUGCUGAUCGAUCGCGAGGCGAAGCGCCGGCGGCAGUCGGGCGAGGACAACGUCUGGGGUCCGUCGGAGGUGGAGGAGCAUAGGUUCGCGCCGAGGAAGAUCAUCACGAUCUGGUUGCGUCCGUUCUCCAUGUUCAUCUUCGAGCCCAUAGUCCUCUUCCUGUCGCUCCUCAGUGGCUUCAGCGAUGCCCUCAUCUUCACCUUCCUUCAGUCCUUCUCGCCCGUCUUCGAGCAGUGGGGCUUCGACGUCGAGAUGCAAGGUGUUGCCUUCGUCACGAUCGCCGUCGGAUACUGCAUCGCCUACAUCUCGUUCAUUCCAUUCAUCUGGAGACAACGCAACCAGCUCCGCAAGGACCCUCAUUCACUCCAACCCGAGGCCCGUCUAUACUGGCUGCUAUUCACUGCACCUCUCGAGCCGAUCGGUCUGUUCGGCUUCGCAUGGACCAGUCAGGGCCCACCCAACGUCCCGUGGAUCGCCCCGAUGAUCUUCGCGGCGAUGAUCGCCAUUGCCAAUUACGCGAUAUACAUGGCCACCAUCGACUACAUGAUCCAGGCGUACGGUCCCUACUCCGCUUCCGCCACCGGUGGCAACGGCUUCGCGCGCGACCUCCUCGCUGGCAUCGCCGCGAUGUACUCCGUCCCUCUGUACACGAACCUGGGCAAGUCCCACCCGCUGGAGUGGGCGUCGACGCUGCUCGGCUGCCUCUCCGUCCUCGUCACGAUACCCAUAUUCAUCUUCUACUUCCACGGGCCCGCGAUCCGCGCGCGCUCCAAGUUCGCGCAGGAGAUCAGCGGGGGGCACGAGCGGUUGGUGGCGGAAACCAAGAUGCCCGUGGGCCAGGCAUAG